CCCAGGCAACAGAGCAAGACUCUUGUUUCCAAAAAAAAAAUAAAAUAAAAGCAUUGACCUAAGUUCAAGGUAGAUUCUUGAGUUAGUGGAGGUGGUUGAACUUCAUUAAAACAAAAAUAAAUAAAUAAUUUCCUUCACAUUUAAAACUCUCUAAGAUUAUCAGAUUAUCAGUUGAUCAUUAGUACUGGAAAAAUGGAAUCCAUUUUUAAUGGGAAACACAAUUGCAUAGUAAAUAGUAGGGGACAAGGGCUUAAGUUAUAAUUGUAGCUAUACUAAUUUUUAAAAUGAAUAUGGAAUGAAGUUGUGGGGGUUUUAGCAUGAUUUGUAAGAUGAAAUUAUAUGAUAGUACUGGGACAACAUCCUUUAUGUUUGCAAAACAGGGAGGGGUACUUGGGGGGAAUAAAUAUUUUAUGGGUCAGUUGAUCAGUGAACAUUUUUGUGUCAUGAUUUGAUUCCCUAUGUAAACUUGAAACUACUAGGACUUGAAUUAUGAACACUCCCUUUUCUCAAACCUAAAGCCAGCAUCAUACUUAAUGGUAAUCCCUAGGAGAAUUCCCACAAACAUCAAGAAAAAUAUGAGGUUAUCCACUAUUAUUAUAAUUUUGUUCAGGAAGUACCUGCCAGUCUACUAAAAUAGAAAAAAGAAAGAUGUAUAUUAUAAAAAGAAGGCAAAAUUAUUUGUAAGUGAUAUUUUAUAUUGUGUAAACUAAAAUUCACUAAAAAACUGAGAAUUAGUGAGAGGAUUCAAUAAGUUAGUAGGUUCUUAACCUUAAUACAGAAUAAUUGGUAGCUUUUUCAUAUACAGAUAAAAGCCAGUUAGAAAAUUAAUAGAAAGAAGCAACCCAUUCAUAAUAAUGACCAAAAAGAUAAAAUACUUAGAUAUAAGAAAUAGGAUCUAUGUAAAGAAAAAAUGUUAAUUAAAUGCUAUAAAGUUUGUAAAAAGAUAUAAGUACAUAGGAAGUAAAAUCAUGUCCUUGUAAAGUUAAGAUUCAAUUUUGAAAAGGUGACCAGUUUUUAAAAUUUAUAUAUAAAGACACUUCUACCAUAAAAUAUUAGGAUUUUGGAGAGGAAUAUGACAAAAAUACACUGAAGUUUACCUGAAUAAAGUGAGAGAACCAGGAAAACUAUAAUUCUGGUGAGAGUAGAGGGGGAAGCCCUACUAGAUAAUGAAAUACAUUCUGAUGCUGCAAUAGGUUAAAAUAGGUCAGUACUAGAGAAGAAAUAUUAAUACUAGACUAUUGGUGGAAAAGAAUAGAGUGCAGAAAGAAAUGGAAAUGCCCAUGGGUGUUUAGAUAUGCAGACCACUGGUGAAAACAAAGUUCAUCAACCAGUGAUGCUGGCAGUCUCUCUCUUUUUUUUUUUUGUUUUUCUUCCACAUGGUCAUGUUUAUUGAAGGCAUGAGGGGCACAAGGGGGCCCUGGGCGUCUGGGGGAAGGCCUGGCAUCAGCCUGAACAGCAUCCCAGCAGGUUAAAAAAAAUUCUUCAUGAAGAAUAAAAAUCUUAAGCAACAUGAUGGAUUCAGAAGCUCAUGACAAGAGGCCACCAAUUCUAAAAUCUUCAAAACAAGAUGUAUCACCUCACAUCACAAAUUUUGGUGAAAUGAAGCAUUACUUGUGUGGCUGCUGUGCAGCUUUCAACAAUGUAGCAAUCACAUUUCCUGUUCAGAAGGUCCUUUUCCGGCAACAACUAUAUGGCCUCAAAACCCGGGAUGCGAUACUUCAGUUGAGGAGGGAUGGAUUUCGAAACUUAUAUCGUGGAAUGCUUCCCCCGUUAAUGCAAAAAACAACCACACUGGCACUUAUGUUUGGUCUGUAUGAGGAUUUAUCCUGCCUUCUCCGCAAGCAUGUCAGUGCUCCGGAGUUUGCAACCCGCAGCGUGGCAGCAGUACUGGCAGGGACAACAGAAGCAAUUUUCACUCCAUUAGAAAGAGUUCAGACAUUGCUUCAAGACCACAAGCAUCAUGACAAAUUUACAAACACUUACCAGGCUUUCAAGGCCCUAAAAUACCACGGAAUUAGAGAGUAUUAUCGAGGCUUGGUGCCCAUUCUUUUCCGCAAUGGAAUCAGCAAUGUCCUUUUUUUUGGCCUUCGAGGUCCCAUUAAGGAGCAUCUGCCUACCGCAACGUCUCACAGUGCUAAUUUGGUCAACGAUUUUAUCUGUGGAGGUCUUUUGGGUGCCAUGUUGGGAUUCUUGUUUUUUCCAGUUAAUGUUGUAAAAACUCGCAUACAGUCUCAGAUUGGUGGGGAAUUUCAGUCUUUCCCCAAGGUUUUCAAAAAAAUCUGGCUAGAACGGGACAGGAAAGUGACAAAUCUUUUCAGGGGUGCCCAUCUGAACUACCAUCGGUCCCUCAUCUCUUGGGGCAUAAUCAAUGCGACUUAUGAGUUCUUGUUAAAGAUUAUAUGAAAAAAAUCAUCAGUUAAGUGCCAUUUAUUAACUGAAUGCCUAAGAAGAAUGCAGUUUGGCCUCUUUCCUAAUUGGCCAACUACAAGUUGGUGUCUUAAGUCCAGGCCACAGUGAGUUAUGGGCAAAGCUGUUUUCCUUAAACAAAAACAGAAUAAAAGGUUUCAGUGGGAAAGUUUAAGGUUUUUUGUUUUGCUUUUUUAAAAUCAUUAUCCAAGAACUGUAGGCCAAUUACCUGCUAAAUAGCUGUCCAUCUGAUGGCCUUUGAUAGGGAGCCUAAUACCCAACAUAUGAUUCCUUUUCUCAAAACAGUCUAAACCUUCUGUAUUGGAACAUAAAUGGCCAGGACCAGCCAGGGAAAAGGCCCCUAAGCCCUGGGAUUUCUCAAGCUUACUUUACUCCAUGUCUUGCUUCUCUGCUCUCAGCAGUUACAAUGGAUAGUCUUCAUAAAACCCAAGCAUAUGACAAAGGGGCAGAACUCAAGAGAAAAACAGCUUACGAGGUAUAGACUUUUCAUGAUAAAUUGCUUGUACUGGUUUUAAAACUAAGCACCUGUUGUAUAGUCAUUAUCUAUAUCAUUUCCAUUUCAACAUAGUAGAAUCAAGCAGCUAAUGAAAGUUCCCAUUUUGCUUUCUUGGUUUGAAAGUUUUCUGUUUAAUUCUGAAUGUGACCUUCAACCUUCCAAAGUAUACUUAGGUUAAUUUCACUUAUUUCAUUUGCCAAAAGAUGGAGGGACAUAGGUUAUUUUUGUUACAGGUCUUUCAUCCUUUUAAGAAGGUUCAUGUUGCAUGUAGAGAUCAAACUCUAAUUAGCUUGGUUUCAUUGAAUUAUUGGUGCCAACUUAGCAAAGGGCUUUGGGAUUUUUUUUUUUUUUUCAUUUAGUAGUAUGUCCUAUUCAAGCAUCUUGUUCUCUUGAAACUCUCCUUUUAAAAAUAAACACUUCCAUAAAAUUUUAUUUUAGAAGUUAAUUAAUGCAAUCCUAGAUUCCCCCCAGUUUCUAAAUGUUAGGGAGGGGUAAAAGGCUCAGGAUAGCUUUCACUCCACAUUAUUAGCUAUCUUUUAUUUUACUCUUGGAAAUAAAGACUUCUUAGGAUUUUGACAUUUUUGGGAACCCAGUUUACCAUUGUGUCAUUUAAAUAAUAAGACAGUUUGAGAGCAUAUGCUCCACAGACAUUUAAAGGGUUAUUUUGUAUUCUAGAAGUGAUAAUAGCCAGAUCACAAACUGUUAACAAAAACUUAAUUGUCAAAAUCAGAAAAUAUUAAGAUAUCUUUUCAAGAUAAGGCAAAGUGACUCAUACACCAGUUUAAUAACUAAUGAAGUAUAAGAAAUAGCCUGGAAAAGUGGUUUAUGAAUCCUUUAAUAGCCCCAAUCUGUAAAUACUGUGUAGUUAAGAUUGUUUUCCAGCUUCUGACAUGACAGUAGGUAGGUUUCUUACUAACUAGUUUUUCAUCUUUCUGGGUAAUUGCAUGUGAAUAUGUGCUCUUACCAAAAUAAACUCAGAGCCUCAACUGGUAGUUUACUCGAAAUUUCUGGGCAAAUAGUCCAAAAACACUGUUUACCUCUAAAUGCAGUAUGACUGGUUAAGUGAAGAUCCUUCUUCCAACCGUAAAGGAUUAGGAGGCAUAUUAAGCAUUAGCUUAGAGCUAGACAGUAAGGAAGCUAAAUAGCAGCUCUGUUUGAUAAUGUUUUGCCGGAUAUAAUAGUUUAUUUUAGAUGAUUUAAGGUGCAGAUGUAAGGAUUUCAGAAAAAAGAAUUUGACACCAAAUAAAUGUGAGUAGCAUCCUUUGGCCUAUUACAGAGUUAGGAUUUGAAGGGAAUUGAGUUUCAGAAACGAAGAAGACACCUUGGUGCCUGACUCGCUACCCCCCUUCACAUGUGUGCCCCUGAGCACUCACGGGCAUGUCUAGCUCCUCAGGUGAACUAGCCUGGAGUGGACUCCAUUGGGCCUUCUUUCUGCUGGGCUUGCUUCUGUCUUUACACUCCAUGCAGGUGGUAGAAAUCUAAGUUCUAAAGCACUUUUGUGAAAUAUAAGUGAAGUGAGAAUUCUAAG